AGCGAGGAAGACCUGGGAACUCAAAAGGCUAGCACAGCGGGACGAACCGCGACGGGCACAAAAGUCGUCAUGGCUUUGUCGCACAGUAGCGACGAGGGUAGCGAGAUGUGCUUGAGGCCAGCGGAUCCGGGCCACCGCUGGGGACCGGGCCAAGGUGGUGGUGACCCGGUAGCAGCCCCAGUAGCAUCAGCAACCGCACCAGCUGGUGUCACUGACGAUGACAGUGAUGACGGCCGAAUACAAUGGGAUGAGGAUGACGAGGAUAGUGAUGGUGUUGAAGAUGGCCCCGCAGAGCAGUCUUCAGGCACUCGGUCAGUGGCUCAGAGGUCGAGCAACCAGCCACGACAAGCGAGAGGAGAAGCCAGGGAGAACAACAGCAGCAACAACAAGAACCGUAAAAAGAAAACACCCAAGCAUCAGCAGCAGCAGCAGCAACCGUCGGCAGUAUCAGACCUCAUCUUCUCCUCGGCGCAGUCCGCGGGCCACCAGUUCAACCACAUCCUCUCGGCCCUGAAAAAGUCCAACCUGAGCAUGCACAACCGGCUGCGGUCCGUCCAGGCCGACGCGGCGUUCGUGCAGAGAGUGCAGAAGGCGUACUUUUAUGACCCUCCGGCGGAGGCCGCCCCCCGUGAUCCCCCGGCGUCUUCUGUGCUUGAACCACAAGUCAUGCCACCGCGAACACGAGCGAAGGCUCGUCAUCACCCACGGCCACUGAUAGCCAACGAGCGCUGUGGGAGCUGGUACAUCCCGCCCAGCCUGAAGCAAGGGUCUGCGUACUUCAAGAGCACGGACGGGCACUUUGGCAUCUGGGGGUUCAGCACGAGGCGGCUGAACCUGCAGCUCCUGAAGCUCAUCGGGGAGAAUGACGGAUGCAUCAUUGUCGACAGCACGCGCCGGGGCAAGAGGAUGCCCGACGCGCUGAGCAAGACGGUGCCGAUGUGGUGCUGCGUUGUCAACUGUGUGCUUCUCCCGGAGGGGAUGCCGGCGAGGGAAGAAGGAGGAGGAGGACGAAGAGGAGAACGAAAGGAUGUGGAGGAUGAGCGAGCCGGUGGUGGUGGUGGCGGUGGCUGUCCACAUAAGUUGUACACGCCGCCGAACGCGGUGUCCGAGUCUGAACACGCACAGAUGGAGGCGAGGGUGCCUGAGCACGUCGAGGCUUUCAAGCGGCUGGGGCUUGAUCUUGAGCCGUAUAGGAAGAUGCUGAAGAAGCCGCUGCGGCCGAUGUGGGUUACUCAGGAGUCGCACCUCGACGUUGCCGAUGAGGAGGAGCAGGAGGAGGACUGCGACACCGACGGCGAGAAUAAGAGCUAUGGAGAUGACGAAAAUGGAAGAGAGCAGACGCAGGAAGGGAGAACAAGCAUAAAGGGCGUCACGGUAUUUGAGGAUUUCCACCCCGUCAUCUGCUGCACAAGCUCGAGGAGGGUGGUAGGCGGUGAGAUGAGCGAGGGCGGAUACAUCCAAGGCGCGGGCGACGACACGGAGAACUGGGCAUUCGGCCUGACGCCCCCCAUCUUCUGGGCCAACGCCGACCUCCUGCUCUCCACGCCCGAGGCAGACCUGCCAGGCCUGGUCCGUCAACUCGUCGACCAGGCCAAAGCAACACCGACUCCCCAACCAGGACAGUCGAGCUCGUCACAGCCUUCUUCACCACCAUCAUCAUCGCCACAAGCAGCCACAUCCGCAUCACUCCUAUCAAAACACCAACAAGUCGCCCCAGGGAUAUUCGUCGCCCGGACAGCCGAUAUCGACGCCUCCAUGAUAUCAUCGUCACCGCCAUUAUCACAGGAUACUCCGACACGGCAAGAAGUAUGCACAAUCAUCAUAAACCAGUCCACCGCCACAGACCCGAGCACAUGGCCAAAGUCCUCCACGCACAUGGACGUCGGGGUCGGCGGGAAGCAGAGCAAGAUCGCGAGCCGGAACCUGCGCGCCGCGCUGCCGCAGAUUGCCGAGUUCGUGGGCGCGCAUCUCGAGCAGGCGCUGCUGGGGAUGGAGAGCCCGGGACUGCCUCAGCCGCCGCCGACGCAGGGGGACGGAACAAUGUCGCCAGUCGAGGCGGCCGCCGCCGCCGCGAGUACAGACAACAAUAACAAUAACCACAACAAUAGCAGCAGCAGUAAUGGACCAAAUAUCCUGAUUGCCUGCGACUCGGGCAGAGAUCUCUCCAUCGGCGUCGCACUGGCCUUGGUCUGUCAGCACUGCUGCACCACCAGCACAAGCGGCGGCGGCGGCACCGGCACACUGACGUUCCGCCCGCGCAAGGACGCUCCCGACGGCGUCAACAAGACGCUCAUAAAGUCCCGCCUGGGCCACAUCAUGGCUCUGUUCCCGGACGCGAACCCGAGCCGGGCGACCCUGCAGAGCGUGAACAGCUACCUGAUGGGUUAGAUUUGUCUGCCCACGCACGCUGGGGGUCACUUUGGACCUGUAUGAGGCCAGGUCUUUUCUUGGAGAGCGGCACCGGCUUGAUCCGGGGCGAUUGAGAAUUCCAGCCCCAUCCGGUGCGUAGUAUCGUGCUCGGCGCUUGUAAGAGUAAAGAAAGAAAAAGUAUGGGAGGAAAGGUAGUCAUGGACCGCAGCGAAGGCUUGUGUGGGGAGGGAGGUUAUGCCUCUCCUCCAAAAGUGCUAUCAUUCAUACAUUUCCUUUUCGAUAUGCAACAAAGAACUGAGUGUCGAAACUGUAGUCCCAUGACACAUUACCAUCUUGGGGAAAAAAAGCACUGCUGUCCUGUCACUGUUGUGCCACAUGCAUGUUCAUUCACAUGAGUAAAGAGAAGC